AUGGCUGUGCCUCCCACUUAUGCUGAUCUUGGCAAAUUUGCCAAGGGCUAUGGCUUGGGGUUAAUCAAACUUGAUUUGAAAACAAAAUCUGAGAAUGGAUUGGAAUUUACGACUUCAGGCUCAGCCAACACAGAGACCACCAAAGUGACAGGCAGCCUGGAAACCGAAUUUAGGUGGACUGAAUAUGGCCUGAUGUUUACAGAGAAGUGGAACACAUUAGGCACUGAGAUCACUAUUGAAGAUCAGCUUGCACGUGGACUGAAGCUGACCUUUGAUUCAUACUUGUCACCUAACACUGGGGGAAAAAAUGCUAAAAUCAAGACAGGGUAUAACUAUGGGACAGAGUUUGGUGGCUCCAUUUAUCAGAAUGUGAACAAGAAAUUGGAGACGGCUGUCAAUCUCGCCUGGACAGCAGGAAACAGUAACACUCACUUUGGAAUAGCAGCAAAGUAUCAAGUUGACUUUGAUGCCUGCUUCUCAGCCAAAGUGAAUAACUACAGCCUGAUGGGUUUAGGAUACACUCAGACCCUAAAGCCAAGUAUCAAACUGACACUGUCACUUUGA